AAUUGCCACAAACCGAAUUGAAAACGAAGAAGUUCGAAAAGUUGUGAAUAAAUUUCUUGGUGUUGGCGAAUGGGUUGUGGAUCAAAGUAUUGCGUAUAUGAGUUCUUCAGCUUACUUUGAAAGAAAAAGAUGA